AUGAGCUCUGCAGAUGCUGAGGCUGAAGCUUCUGGACUCAACAUGCAGACUCACCUGGGUGAAACUGACCCAUCUAAUGACCAUCGUCUGGAUGUGGAAAAGACAUCUGAUGAAGAAGCAGAUUGGAAGACCAUUGAAAGUCUGAUGGCAGAUCUGCUGAACGAUGUCCAGAGAUCAGUUGACCACAGUCUUGCAGGAAAUGAGAUUCACAAGGAGGCUGAUGAAGAAGUCAAGGCUGAUGACCUUAAACUGAUGGACGUUCAGCUGGAUGAGACAGAGACUACUGUCCACCAAGCUCUUGGAAAAGAUGUGGAAAUGACGGCUGAUCCCGAACCCAUUAAAAGCUGGGCUGAUAUCGUGGAUGAGACUGAAAGAAACAUCAACCAGUCUGCUGAAAUAGAAGACCUGAAGAAAGACGCUCCUGUGAAUGAGACCAAAACAGACCAACAUCAGAAGAACACCAGGAGAGGAACACGCGGCAAGGGUCGAACAAUAAACUAUAUAAAGGACAAAGAAGAGAGACAAAAUGAAGGACAUGAAGAGGAGAACAGCAGAAGAACAUCAGACAGAGGCAUCCGAGUGGGAGCUGCAGGCCAGAGACAUCAACCAGGAUAUGGAAAGACUAGAACACAGUCUGAGAAUGUAGGAACCUGUGGAAGAGCACCGGAAACUGUUCCUCAUCAGCAGAGGAGGGGACAGAGAAAUCAUUGGACACGAGAACAUCUGCAGAAGAGUCUGCAAGCCCCUCCUGAGGAGAAGAGUGCUCCACAGAUAGACAUCAGAAAGAAGGGAGAACAUCUGAGAACAUCUAGACCAGCAGACAACCAGAGAGACAGAGGAGCCCAUUCAGUCAGACAGAGAAUGGAUGAGUCUCGCUGGAGAGGAGCUGCCCAGUGCUGGCAGAGAGAGCACAGAGUCCAGAGGAGUGACGCUCCACAACCUCCUUCACGCAACGGAGGACGUGUGAGCGAAAGAGGAAGGAGAGGACAUCCCGCUCAGCCUGCACCUUCACGCACUGACAGAAAUGACCGGACCGUGAGAAAACCGCACUGGUGGCAGCACGAUGACCGCUCUGUAGAGCCUGAUGACGGACAGACUGGAGAGAGACACCACCAUAAGAAAUACAGGAAUGAGAACAGGCAGUGGAAGAGUGGAAGAAGAACCAACACUUCAUACUGA